AUGGCUGCCGAGAAGAAGACAGAGGUUCUCGAGAAGAAGAUUUCGAUCAAGCCUCGGUACAAGAUGUCAAGAGGUGUACAAGUAGAAUCGCUUCUGAAGUGUGCAGAUAAUAGUGGUGCAAAGAUACUCAGGUGCAUCGGUGUCAAGAGAUACAGGGGAAGGCUCAAUAGACUUCCAGCAGCAGCACCCGGAGAUAUCUGCGUAGUGUCUGUCAAGAAAGGGAAGCCUGAGCUUCGAAAGAAGGUGCACUAUGCUAUUCUUAUAAGGCAGAAGAAGAUUUGGAGACGCACCGACGGAUCCCACAUCAUGUUUGAGGAUAAUGCAGCGGUCCUUAUUAACAACAAGGGAGAACUCAGGGGUGCACAGAUAGCAGGGCCUGUGCCUAGAGAGGUUGCCGACAUGUGGCCCAAGAUAUCGUCCCAAGCAUCAUCCAUCAAUUGA